CUCGUACUCAAAAGAGAGCGAGAUUAAUGGCGGCGCCCUGAACGAAAAUUGAACGUUAUUUACUUAUCAAAAUCAGAGAAAAAUAAGAAGUAUUUUUGUCUGAGUUGCUGUGAUUUCAAUAACUUUGGUCACAAUGUCUUUGAACAAAUAUAUGCAUCCAAGAAACAAGUACAAAACCAAGAAACCUAAUUUCCAAGAUCUAGCAUUCAAAUAUGACUACUUUAAGGAGAUGGUGAAGGAAACAGAUUCUGGUAAAGUAACAAUAGAUUUCAAAGACCCAGCCUCAUCGAGAGCUUUGACACGUGCUCUACUAGAGAAUGAUUUUGGAUUAAAGAUUACACUGCCUCUUGACAGGCUUAUCCCUGCUGUGCCUCAAAGGAUAAACUACAUACUCUGGUUGGAGGACAUAAUUGGCAUUGAGAAAGCAGCUAGAGGAAUUGACAUAGGAACAGGUUCCAGUUGUAUAUACCCGCUUCUGGGCUGCAGACAGAAUGGUUGGGAGUUCCUUGCUUCGGAAGUUGAUGACCAGAAUGUCUACUUUGCAAACAAAAACAUCCAGCAAAAUGACAUGACUGAUAAAAUCAAAGUUGUCAAGGUUGAGGAAGAUACCUUAUUGAUGGGACUACUUGAAAACAAUGAAGACUGCUACGACUUCUGCAUGUGUAACCCACCCUUCUUCUCUGACCACCUCGAGGCCCAGGGCGUGACAAAUACCCGCAGUGAUAAUCGGUCAGAUGCGAGCUCUGUGUCGACUGCCAGCGAGGCGGAGAGUGUUGCUUGGGGAGGGGAGGUGCGCUUUGUUUCCCAGAUGAUCGAAGAUUCAUUGAAGCUGAAGUCAAGGAUCAGAGUGUAUACAAGUCUGAUUGGAAAGAAAACAAGUCUGCCAUUACUGAAGCAUUUUCUUCAUGAACGCCAGGUACCCAAGAUUUCCACUACUGAGUUCUGUCAGGGAAGAACAAUGAGAUGGGGAAUAGCUUGGACCUUCGAUGAAACUGUCACAUUCCCUAAGUCCUUGUUCAAGGAGCAGAAGAAUGUUAAACCUCCUUUGGUGUUAGAGAUUCCACGCGGAGCAGGUGGGGUCGGGGACUACACUGUACAGGCCUUCACAUGGGUCAUCAGGAAAUAUAUCGAGGUUCUUCAGAUCAACUACUACACAAAACACUGUGGAAAGUUCUACACCUGUCUGAUCAUGCAGGCCAAAACUAACACCUGGUCAAAUCAAAGGAGAAAGAGACGAGAGCGGGCCAGAAAACAGAGUGUGUCCGAGGAGGGGGAGGGAAAUAGAACAGCCGGGAUACCAGUGGAGGGAAACAGCACAUCUGGGGAAUCAGGGGAGGUGAAAACACCUGCUGACAGUGUGGAGAAAAAUAUGGAAACUGAUGAUAAGUGUACUGUGACGUCAACAGAAACUGACGCUAAAAUUGUUGCUCAUUCAGACAAUGACACAGAAAAGGGAAGUAAUGUCAGCAAAGACUCUGGAAUAGAAGAAUUUGCUACAGAAAAGGGUGAUAAUGAUGAGUCUAAAAAAUCAGGACAGAAAAGGUCAAACGAUGAAAAUAAUGGAACUGAACCAGCACAAAAAAGACUUAAAAAGGACCAGGGAAAGGAUUGUGAAACAUCAGAGCAGGAAAAAGAGGCAGUGACGUCUGAUAAAUCUUGCAAUAAUAGUUCCGCUAUCACAUUAUCACGCAAGGAUGUUGUGGAACGCUUUUGGAAGGAACAUUCUGAAAACCAGGAAGGCAAGAAGAAAAAGCCCUUGUCAUUUUACGAAAAACUUGAACCCUUUAGUGAGAGUGAGGAGUGUUUGUUGUUGUGUAAGCUUGUACUGAAGAAGGAAGAGGGUGAAAUGACCUUGACUUUGACCCAUCAGGCAGGAAAUAAGGAGGCCCUACAUCAGAUUAUGCAGUUCUUCAAAAAUAAACUAGCUGUUAAACCAAAGACAUAAAAUCUAUGUUUUCAUUCAUAUAUUUUGUCAGGGAAUAGAUUCAUUUUUGGUUGGCAAGUCUGCUAUUCAUGUGCACAUGUAUGUUAUUUAUCUGUUUUUGUUUCCAUGAAACAGCAAACAAUAUUUUGACAGCAAUACAUAUAUGAAUGUACUACGACAGCCAAUUGUAUAAAACUGGUAAAUUCUUUGGCUUGGUUUUUAAGUAAACCAAAAUAUUUAUUGAUUGGACAAUAUUUAUCCAAAAAUUAACAUUAACCAACUAAAUCAUUUAAACAUGUAAACUAGCCUAAAGUGAAGAUAACAUGUGGACACUUUAUCAAAGUAUUAUACACUUUACUGUUGUGGACUAACAAACACAUUAUGCAUAGGAUUUCGAUUUUUCAACCCCAUUGAGACAAUGUGCUGCAUCUAACACACAAAAAAGUUUUUAAAAUGUUGACACAAUUGUUCACCGCAUAAAAGAAUGUGCCAAGGUCAAGGUCACGAAGAGUAACUGGGAUUUGUUAAUCUCCUGCAAAUGACAUGAGGCUGAUCCAUCCCGAUUAAAAUAAAACUGAUAAUAAAUAGAUGGAGGGAUCAACUAGUCAUGAUAACAUUGAAAAUCAAGUGCUCUUGGUUUUGAUAUAUACAUGUACUUUUAUUGAACAAAGUAGCAAAUUAUUGAGAGCAGUCAAAACCCAAUUUAGUGCCACCUAUGUAUACUUUAUACAUAAAUUUUCAUGUCUGGACUAGUAAUCAACAGGACAUGAAUGGUGAGCCUACUUUGCCUGUCACUUGUGGAAGAUAGUUUGUCAAAUGGAGUUUUCAACCAUGUUCUAUUAAUUUCUGACAAAAUUGAAUCCAACUGGGUCAGUUGAUUGAGCGCCACCACUUAAAGGGAUUUUGAAUUGAUGUAUCAUUCUCGUACCUGCAUGUUAUUAUUACUAAGAUGCUAGUUCUAGAUUUAUAUGUAGAACAUGACUAUCAACAUU